CAACACCUUCUCUUUCUGCUUGAUUUAAGGAUUCGGUGCCAUUUCAGACCUGAAGGUUGAAAGGUGACGCUAUUUUCCGCUGACACUCCUGACAAAGUUGGGCCCAGAAAACCAAAAAGCAAAUCAGUUUGAAGGACGGCACAGGAACAGAAAAAUGAUGGAACUGAGGAUCCAGCUGAUCCCCACAGGGGAAAUCAUCCUUCCUCCAGGGAAGAACGGAGAAAACUACUGCCCCAACUGCAAGGUGGUUGCUAGUGACGGCGUGCGGGCUAUGAUGGAGUCGGCCCUGACAGCCAGAGACCGUGUGGGUGUGCAGGACUUUGUCCUGCUGGAGAACUACACCAGUGAAGCCGCCUUCAUUGAGAACCUGCGCAAACGCUUCAAAGAAAACCUCAUCUAUACGUACAUCGGUUCAGUGCUGGUGUCAGUUAACCCGUACAAAGACCUGGAGAUCUACACCAAAAAUCAUAUGGAGCGAUAUCGUGGGGUCAACUUCUAUGAAAUCUCACCACACCUCUAUGCAGUUGCAGAUAACUCAUACCGUUCCAUGAGGACCGAGAGGAAGGACCAGUGCAUACUGAUUUCUGGGGAGAGUGGAGCUGGCAAAACUGAAGCAUCCAAGAAGAUCCUGCAGUACUAUGCAGUCACCUGUCCAGCCAGUGACAAGGUCCAGACUAUCAAAGACCGCUUGCUGCAGUCCAACCCUGUGCUGGAGGCCUUUGGCAAUGCUAAGACGUUACGUAAUGACAACUCCAGCCGCUUUGGCAAGUACAUGGACAUUCAGUUUGACUUUAAGGGUGCCCCAGUGGGAGGCCACAUCAUUAACUACCUGCUGGAGCAGUCCCGAGUGGUCCACCAGAACCAUGGAGAGAGAAACUUCCACAUUUUCUAUCAACUGAUUGAGGGAGGUGAGGAAGACCUUCUGCGACGCCUUGGACUGGAGAGGAAUCCCCAACAGUACCAGUAUCUGGUAAAAGGUAACUGUCCCAAAGUGAGUUCCAUCAACGACCGCAGUGACUGCAAGGUGGUGAGGAAAGCCUUAACUGUGAUUGGCUUCACUGAGGAUGAGGUGGAGGAGUUGAUGAACAUCAUAGCCAGUGUGCUCCACCUGGGGAAUGUGCAGUACGGGGAGGAGGAGAGCGGCAAUGCCUGCAUCACUUCUGAUACUCAGAUAAAGUACUUGGCCAGGUUGUUAGGAGUAAAUGGGCCUGUGCUGACAGAGGCGCUGACACACAAGAAGAUAAUUGCCAAGGGAGAGGAGCUGAUGAGCCCAUUAAAUCUAGAGCAGGCAUCAUAUGCUCGAGACGCUUUGUCCAAGGCAGUGUAUGGACGAACGUUCACCUGGCUGGUUAAUAAGAUCAAUGUUUCGCUGACAUACACGGACCAGAGUUACUCGUUUAAGAACUGCUCUGUCAUUGGUCUGCUGGAUAUUUAUGGUUUUGAGGUCUUCCAGAACAACAGUUUUGAGCAGUUCUGCAUCAACUACUGCAACGAGAAGCUGCAGCAGCUCUUCAUUGAACUGACCCUCAAAUCAGAGCAGGAGGAGUAUGAUGCUGAAGGCAUCACGUGGGAGCCAGUGCAAUACUUCAACAACAAGAUCAUCUGUGACCUCGUGGAGGAGAAACAUAAAGGCAUCAUCUCCAUUCUGGAUGAGGAGUGUUUGAGGCCUGGAGAUGCCAGUGACAUCACCUUCCUAGAAAAGCUGGAGGACACCUUGGGAGGACAUGCACACUUUGUCACGCACAAACUGGCUGAUGGAAAGACCCGGAAGGUAAUGGGUCGUGAUGAAUUCAGACUGCUGCAUUAUGCUGGAGAGGUCAACUACAAUGUCAAUGGAUUUUUGGACAAGAACAAUGACUUGCUCUUCAGGAACUUAAAGCAGGCUAUGUGUCUGUCGGAGAACAAGAUCCUCACCCAGUGCUUCAACAGGGAGGAGCUGAAUGACAAAAAGCGUCCGGAUACGGUAGCAACCCAGUUCAAAGGCAGUCUGGCCAAACUAAUGGAAAUCCUCAUGUCCAAGGAGCCGUCGUAUAUUCGCUGCAUCAAACCCAAUGACUCCAAGCAGUCAGGUCGAUUUGAUGACGUGCUGGUCCGGCACCAGGUCAAGUAUUUGGGUCUGAUGGAAAAUCUGAGGGUGAGGAGGGCCGGCUUUGCCUACAGGCGGAGAUAUGAGAUCUUCCUACAGAGGUACAAGUCCCUGUGUCCAGACACAUGGCCUAACUGGCAGGGCAAACUGUCUGACGGCGUGGCCACUCUGGUCAAACACCUGGGAUACAAACCAGAAGAGUACAAAAUGGGCAGAUCUAAAAUUUUUAUCCGUUUCCCAAAGACCCUAUUCGCCACAGAGGAUGCACUUGAGACAAGGAAACAUAGUAUUGCCACCAAGCUGCAGGCUGGAUGGAAAGGCUACAGCCAGAGGUCCAAAUACCAAAAACUCAGAAACUCAGUAAUUUUGAUUCAGUCAUCGUGGAGGGGAAUUUUAGCCAGGAGGAGGGCGCAGCGCAGGCGACAGGCUGCUGAUACUAUCCGCAGGUUCAUCAAGGGUUUCAUCUAUCGCCACCAUGAGCGCUGUCCAGAAAAUGAGUAUUUCUUGGAUUAUGUCCGGUAUUCCUUCCUCAUGAAACUGCACAGGAGCCUUCCUAAAAACGUUCUGGACAAGAGCUGGCCGACACCACCCGCUGCUCUCACCGAGGCGUCAGAACAUUUACGUAAGAUGUGCAUGCAGAACAUGGUGUGGAGCUACUGCAAGAAAAUCAGCCCUGAGUGGAAACAUCAGAUGGAUCAGAAGGCGCUGGCCAGUCACAUCUUUAAGGACAAGAAGGACAAUUACCCACAGAGUGUACCCAAACUAUUUGUCAACACAAGACUCAAUGGCGAAGACAUAAACCCCAAAGUGCUGCAGGCUCUGGGGAACGAGAAGAUGAAGUACGCAGUGCCAGUCACCAAGUACGACCGAAAGGGCUACAAGCCCCGACACCGCCAGCUGCUGCUGACUAUGAACAGUGCCAUUAUCGUUGAGCAGGCCAAACUCAAGCAGCGCAUCGACUACACAGCUCUGAAAGGUAUCUCAGUCAGCUCUCUCAGUGAUGGACUGUUUGUUCUGCAUGUGCCCAGUGAUGACAACAAACAGAAGGGAGAUGUGGUUCUGCAGAGUGAUCAUGUGAUCGAGACUUUGACCAAGCUUGUCAUCUGUGGUGACAAAAUUGACAACAUCAACAUCAGCCAGGGCAGUAUAAAGUUUACAAUGGGUCAGGGGAAAGAGGGGAUCAUCGACUUCAUCCCGGGAUCUGAACUGCUGGUGACCAAGGCAAAGAAUGGACACCUGUCUGUGACUGCUCCCAGGCUGAACUCCAGAUGAUGGAAUGUGGCGCCGCGAUCACACAAGUGCAGACGCUGCUCAGACACCAGCUGCUGCCACACAGGCAACUUGCGCUUCCAAUUAAAAGAAAAACAAAUUUAAAAGUUCAGUCAAACUAAUUGAUAUAUUUAUGUUUAUAUGUUGUAUUUUCAGAUUAAUAAUACUGUUAAUGUUUUAAUAUUGAGAUGUAUAUGAGGCCAAGGAAUAACAAAUAAUUUGGUGCAUUUUUUUUGCACAGACAUGUUUCUGUCAUGCUUUUUUUUCAGGAACAUGACCAAGAAAAUGAUAAAGAAUGUGUUAGAAUAAGACUGUUGAAGUUCAGGAUUACUGUUUGCUUGUAGCUUCUGUCAUUUUUUUUUUUUUUUGUACUUUUCCUGCUUUGCCUUAUAGACACAGUUUUUUCCUGACACUAAUUAGGGCAGAUGUUUGGGUUAUCGAAAGCUUCUAGAACAAGGCUGAUGGUAUGUAGGCUCCAGAUAUUAAGCAGUUUGAGAGUGGAGAAAGAACCUGCAGGAUUUGAUGGCUGGUAGUUACACUUACAGUAUGUGUCUAUGAAUUAAUAUACUACUGAAUAGAAUUCCAGCAGCUGUUUAUAGACUAAAAAAAGAAGAGAAGUGAAUCACUACAAAACAUGCAUGGAGUAUGUAUGGUGCAAAAAAAAUGAGCAUUGCAUGUGAGAGAGGAGUGUUGGAAGGGGAAUAAAGAUGAGAAGAAGCAGCAGUCGCUAGCCUUCACGCUAGUUUCUUGUACCUUCCCCUUUGACUAACAUAUUCUUUGUUAAAGGCCGACAGUAAGCUGAUUUUGACGUAUGAAAACCAUGACGCUCAGAAUGAGUCGAGUUUCAGAGAUACCUGUCAUGCCCCGCAUGCAUGCAGAACUAUUCAUUAUCCACCACUUAGCCAACAAUCUCGGCACUGCCCCCUGCAGGUCGUUACACGUCCUUUGAUCUCAGAGUUUUGGGCCUCCUCUAGAAGUCAUUGCUUCUACUCAUCUAUGAGCUGAUCUCCCGUCGAUCCCUAAAUCUUUUUAAGUCAGUGCUGCCAACGCUAGUUAUUCUUCAGUGUUCGAUGUGUGUGUGUUUUUUUAGCAAUCCUGUGCCUUUGAAACAGCAUUUAGACCAAAACGUAAGGCCACAAGUCAUUUUAAAAGCCAUAUAACCAAAAUUCCUUCACUGUUACAUUUUAGUUGGUGUGAGUCUGUAUUGAAGCUGCUGAUGGGUUAGUCUAGAUUAGUGUGUAAGUCAUCGUGAUGAUGCUUCCAGAGUAACACGCGAACAGGUUCCGCCAGUUUGACAUUAUUUACCUGUGACCCCCCCGAAAAUACGACCAUGUCUGCAGUUUAGACCAAAGAUGGACAAUGAAAAGCUGUCUUACUGAAAACUGGAGGCUGAAAUGAUUCAUGUUGCGUUUGUUUUUGUUUUUCAACUCUUUGCGCCGCAACGGGACCUUAUCUUUGUGCAGAGGAGGAGGGCGCAGCGCUCCAGAACCUCGACUGUUUUAGCCAAAGAAUUAAUUCUGUUGAUUUAUAGUGAUUGUGUGUUCUAUAAUUUUUGUUAUGUCAGUUUUGAAUGUUGAGAUUCUUUUUUUUUUUUUUUUUUUUUUUAGCAGGGAGAUGUAUAUGUACAGUUUGUGUUAUAAUGAACAAUUCAAACCAAGUAAGGUUUGGGUAUUUGAAACAUUUACAGAGGAAAUGCUUUUAGUGUAUUUUAACACAGAAUUGUUCAUAAAUGUGCCUUGUAGGGCAGCAAUACUCCAUGUGUAGGAUUGUGUGACAAGAACUUCCAAACAGACUUUGUUUCCCAGCAGCACCUAAAGGUUUCUUCAUGCUCUCUUUGUCCUGUUGAUUUUUUUACAGAUGCACUCCUCUGCAUCAGUCCUGAUUUACUGUAUACACCAAGCCAAUGUAUAAUUCUGCCAGAACAUGAUAAGAUACUAAACAAUAAAUACAAACUGAUGAACUGGA